ACGUACGGCGUGCUGAGGUCACGGGUUGGAGGUGGAGUUACCGCCUUACAUCCCGCGAAUCCAUUGAAGUGCAGUUCAGUUAACGAUGUAAACAAACGUAGUUAGACGCACUGAAACUUGUCGACUUUAGCUUCUAGCGUGUGCUGGCUACGUUCGAAACUUCAGUCUUCCGCCUACCGCAUUUAGCCCUAGCUAUAGAACCAACCAAUCAUUUCAGCUCACGCAGUUUAACUGGCGUCGCCGCAGCUCAUUGUGGUUAUGGUUAGCACGUAACGUCAAUGCUGUCACAGGGGUUGCCAGGUUAGUCAGCGUAGCUGUUAGCUAACCUGAGGGAAGUUAAAAAAAAGUGUUCGCAGGGACAGUAGACUGUAAGGUAGGUGAUAACAAGACUUGAUUGACACUUCCGAGCAGAUGGAGGCUUCCUUGGGAUCCCUGCCGAAUCCUGAUCUCAGCUCUGUCCUGUCAUCGUGUGAGCCGGAGCUCCAGGAGCUGAUGCGACAGAUCGACAUAAUGAUCAAUCAUCAGAAGAGGGGCUGGGAGGCUGAGAUCAAGGCCAUGGGGCUCAGGCUGAAAAGUGGAGAAGAGGAGCUGCUGACUUCCAGGAAUCUCAUUGAACGGAGGGACCUGGAGAUCGGAUUGCUGCGCAAGCAGCUGGAAGACGCCCAGACUGAUCGAAAAGAGUUAGUUGCAAAGUACGAACAACAACUGCAGAAAGUCCGCGAAGAGUUAGAUAAAUUAAAGAGAAGUUACCACAAGCUUCAGCGCAAACAGCUCAAGGAGACCAGUGGAGGAGCAAAAGAGAUGGAUCUUUCAGGGGUGACCCAACUGCAUGAAAAAACUGAGGAAUAUCGUCAGCGCUCUGCGGAGUGGGAGCAGCAGCACAUCCAGUACCAGAAACAGCUGACGGCACUGGAGGCCCAGAACGAGAGCCUGACCGAUGAGCUCGCACAUGUGAAAUCCCAGUGGGCAUCGUGGCGAAUAGAGAGGGAGCACAGGGAGUGCUGUUUAGAGGUGCAGAACCUGCGUACUCAGCUGGAGAAGACUCAGGGCAGCCUGCACGCACAGGAGCUUGAGCUGGAGCGACUCCGACCGCUUGAGAUGUGGCUGGCACAGUACCAGCGAGAGCAGCAGGUGUUUUCAGAGGAACGGGAGGAACUUCGCGCAACGCUGGACUCUCAGGAUACAUUUGUGCGACGAGCCAGUUUGGAACGCCAAAGGCUUCGUAGUGAAGCUGCGAGACUCAACCAAGUACUGCAAGCUAAAGACCAAGUCAUUCGCUCUCUGGAGGACUGCGUAACCGCCCAGGGCUGUGCAGGUGUGGAAACCCUUCGACAAGAUCUGGAGAGGACUGCAACCAAGCUUCACUCUGCCCAAGCUUGUGAGGUUCAUCUCAAGGCUGAACUGGCAUGUCUCAAAGAGAGACUGGAUAACGUGAGCCGACAGAGAGCUGACCGCUCAAAGACAGAACAAGAUCUGAGAAGCAUAAAAGCAGAAUAUGACUCUUGUAUCGUGGAAAUGAAAAAGCUCAGAGAAGAGCUUCAGAGGGCCAAGCAGACUCACAGUGGUGAGGUGGAGGGGAUGAGGAAGGAGGUGUCAAAGCUGACCAGUGAGCUGCACCAGCGCGAGCUCACCAUUGCCUCACUGAGUGGCUCCUCGUCCAGCAUCAAGCAGCAGCUUUGUGGCGAGGCGGAGCGUGCGGAACAGAAGGCAGCUGAGCUUAAAAUGACUCAAACGCAGCUGGAGACUCUAGAAACUGAGAACCAUCAUCUGAAGGGUCUGCUGCAUAGACUGGAGUCUCAGUCACCCAAGGGGGGGGACUCAUCCCUUGCCUCCCUGAGGGAGAGUUAUACGUCCUCACUGAGCAUCCUGGAGCAAGAGAAUCGACAGCUAAGGCAGGCACUCAGUGAGAUGCGUGCCCGAGCUGGGGUGUUCAGCCAAGAUAAAUAUGAACGUGCCCUGCUCAGUCACGCAGUAACUGACCAACCACGGCCUGCUCAGGACAGUAGGAAUGAAGAUAAGAGACAUCAAAAGUACCAGGAGGUGAUGCAGGCCGCAAAAGCUAAGCUGCAGGACAACAACACUCGCCAUGAAGGGAAGAUCCAGAGGCUCUUUAAAGAGCUGCAGACCUUUUCCCAGUCCCCCACAAGCCAGCCCUGCAGCCAGGACCAAGAUGGCAGGCCUCAUUCAUCAGCAUCCUCCUCCUCUUCCUCCUCCAGUAGCGAAAGACUGACUAGGAGAAACUCAGUGCCAACCUUGAGUUCAAAUGAUUCUGCUGCUGAGGGACAAAGCUCCAGCUCCGAAGACUCUCUGAAUCUUGUGUCCGUAGAAAAAACCAUCCCCUCUGCCUCUCCACUGGGGCCUUUAUCAGUGUCACCUGCAGACGGCAUGGUUAGUCGUUUCCUGGAGGAGGAAAUGUUCCGGACCAAGGAGCUGUUCCAGAGACUGGACACCCACAUCAAGGGUUUGAGAGAGAACAACGUCAGGACAGUCUCCAAGUACCUACCGAGUGACUCAGUGCCCGACUCUGCCCAGACCUCUGUACAGAAUGUGGCCAACAUUCACCGUUUCUCUCCCAGUUUUAAAAUGGAAAUCCCAGUAUUUAACCCUUGGCCUUCCGGUAUCAGGGCUGUAAGGUAUUUGGCCUCUGUCGCAGGGGUCCACCACCUGCUCUCUGUCUGACACGGGGCUGUUUCCAGGCUUCAAGCACCGAGGAAUCCAUCUCAGUCCACUGGCUGAUGAGGGGACUGGGGGCUCCGCUCCACUCAUCUUGGCCCUAAGAGACAUCUUUAUCUGGCCUGGAGGCGAUGCCUUUACCCAGCCAUCUGCCUCCACAAGGACUGCACCAGGCCUGUGUGGAUGGGGAGGGGGACGGCGAACUUACAAGCACAAGCGCAUACAAGCAUUUGUAUAACCUUACAUUCAUUGUUCAGACUUGUUGCGACUGUCACUUUGGAUCCACGAAUGAUGGGGUGGAUUAAAAUGGCAAAUUUUGGAGAUGAGCAACAAUGGCCGGCCUGUUAAACAGUCUGAGCAUUUGUUCACAGCUGUAAGUGAACUGCAGCUGAUGUGACAUUACAUGGUUCUUCCACCUGCUUUCAACAUAAUGGUUUUAAGAAUUUGGACCAGAGAAAGGGAAGAUUACACUUGAAUAGGUCCUCUCUGUGAGGAACAGGUGGUAGAUUUAUUUUGUACAGAAUGUACAACAUAUUUGAAUUAACGCUCUUCUUUCUGUUUUGCAUACACUGCAUUCUUGUUGCAGGAGUCCAUAUGGCGGGGGGCUGACAGGUGCAUCUGCUUCUAAGCUGGAGGGCAGGAGAUAGUCUGCUCUGUGCUUUGUAUCCCAAAAACAUCUGCCCCUUAGCCUGAAGCCCCAUUAUGUAACACUAAAUCCCGUGCUUUGGUUUAAAAAGCAAAUGAGUCAUUCAAAUUUACACAAAAUGUACAUCUUGAACUGUACUCACCUCUUAUUUUGAAGGUUAUUCUUCUUCAGCAGUGACACUCAAAUGUA